AUGAAGUAUCUGUUCUCCGAGGAGACGGUCGCUGUACCACAGGACGUCAAGGUUCAUAUCAGAUCACGAAUUGUCUCAGUCGAAGGACCAAGAGGCAAGCUCACGAAAGAUCUUUCGCAUAUCGCAGUCACUUUCUCUCUCCCCGAAAAGAAGGACAAGGAUGGCAAGCAACUCAUCAAGAUUGAGAUUCACCACGGCUCCCGAAAGAACGUUGCCACCCUACGCACAGUAAAGUCAAUCAUCGACAACCUGAUCACCGGUGUAACGAGAGGCUACAAAUACAAGAUGAGAUACGUCUAUGCUCACUUUCCAAUCAACGUCAACAUUGAGAAGGGCGACGAUGGUGUACAGAUGGUCGAGAUCAGAAACUUCUUGGGCGAGAAGCUCGUUCGACAUGUCAAAAUGCAAGAGGGUGUAACCGUCGAGCCAUCGAAAGGUGUCAAGGAUCAGAUAGAGUUGACCGGUAACUCUCUGGAGGGGGUAUCACAAUCCGCGGCCGAUAUCCAGCAAAUAUGCCGAGUGAGGAACAAGGAUAUUCGAAAGUUCUUGGACGGUCUAUACGUGAGCGAGCGGGGCAACAUCCUUGACGAAUAG